AUGCGGACAGCAGUUACCGUUCUUGUCGCCGUGCUGGCAGCUCUUCUAAGUCCUGCAGUAAAAGGUGCAUCACACAUUGCUAUCGGCAAACCUGCCUCUCAAAGCAGCAACUAUGAGAAAGACAAAUGGUUCGCUCCAGUUGGAGUUGAUGGGACUGCCGGGACACAAUCAAUUAGAUCGGAUACGUGUUUUCACACCUUAAAGAACUACCAACCGUGGUGGAGGGUGGACCUUCAGGCAGACUUUACCAUCAACACUGUUGUUUUGUAUAACAGGCUGGAUUGCUGUACUAGCCGGGCAAGGAAUAUUAGACUAACAAUCGGUAGAACCAUGCAGUCUAUGAACGAGGCGGGAUAUCUAGAUGGCGGUUUUGGGAGCACUCACACAUUCACCGUUGACCCGCCAAUGGUAGGACGCUACUUGCAACUGCAGCUGAUUGGGAUUUCGGAGAUGUUCCAUUUGUGCGAAGUAGAAGUGAACCCUUAUGUCGAUGGCGGCUACAGUGACUGGGGUUCAUAUUCGGUCUGCACGGAGGACUGUGGAGGCGGCACAAAGACACGCACGAGAACUUGUACCAAUCCGCAGCCUGAGAACGGUGGCGCUGACUGCUCAGCCUUAGGAGCUGCGUCCGAAACGGCGGAUUGUAAUACUCAGGCUUGCCCAAUCGAUGGCGGCUACAGUGACUGGGGUUCAUAUUCGGUCUGCACGGAGGACUGUGGAGGCGGCACAAAGACACGCACGAGAACUUGUACCAAUCCGCAGCCUGAGAACGGUGGCGCUGACUGUUCGGCCUUAGGAGCUGCGUCCGAAACGGCGGAUUGUAAUACUCAGGCUUGCCCAAUCGAUGGCGGCUACAGUGACUGGGGUUCAUAUUCGGUCUGCACGGAGGACUGUGGAGGCGGCACAAAGACACGCACGAGAACUUGUACCAAUCCGCAGCCUGAGAACGGUGGCGCUGACUGUUCGGCCUUAGGAGCUGCGUCCGAAACGGCGGAUUGUAAUACUCAGGCUUGCCCAAUCGACGGUGCUUUUGGUAACUGGGCGAAUUGGGGUGGCUGUAGUGUCACAUGUGAGGCCGGAACUAAGACAAGGACGCGCGCCUGUGACUCACCAGAACCGCAACAUGGCGGAAAUGACUGCAGCCAGUUAGGGAAUAGCACGGCGACAACGUCCUGCACGGUGGAUACAAUGUGUCCAAUCGACGGUGGCUACAGUACCUGGGCGGAAUGGGCAGAGUGUUCCGUGACGUGUGAGACCGGAAGUAGGACACGACUACGCACCUGCACCAACCCGGAACCGCAGUAUAAUGGCGCCGACUGCUCGGGUCUUGGUGCUGGGUCCCAGACAGAAUCAUGCACCGUCGACACAAUGUGCCCGAUCGCGGGCGGUUACACCUCAUGGGCUCAAUGGAGCACGUGCGCAGUGACAUGUGGUGAAGGAACCGUCACCAGGACCCGCGAUUGCACCAAUCCAAGUCCGCAGUACAACGGCGCCAACUGUGACGUCAUAGGAAGCAGUUCUGAUACGACGACGUGUUCCGCCAACGCAUCUUGUAUAGUUGACGGAAACUGGGGUGAAUGGCAAGCUUGGUCCGACUGCCCUGUUACAUGCGGUGGUGGCACCAACUACCGUGUGCGGUACUGUGACAGCCCCGCACCUCAAAGUGGAGGCAGCAAAUGCUUUGGCGACGCCAUGAUAACUGACCAAUGUAACGAGGACUCAUGCUACGACGUUGAUUCACUCAUAAACGGCUUCACAAUGAAUACCUGUCCAACUGGAUUUUUCACGUGUCAGGCUGGUGGAAUCUCGUGUAUCGAGGAGAGCUUCCGGUGUGACUGUGAUGAGGAUUGCUGGGACGGAAGUGACGAAGACGGUUUGUGGGCUCUCUGUCGGACGGCAUGUAGGAACUCGGCUCCAGGUUUUGCAAGCUCCGUACAUGUGGCAGUCCUGACACUUGUGAUCCUGGUGGUGCGUUGGAUAUGAGGACAAGAUGCUUUCAGAUGACCCGAUUGGAACAUGUUUGAGAUGUAUGGGACCAUUCGGAACACCUCGGCCAUUUCCCAUCGAAAACAACCUCGGAUACUUGCCGGUACAUCAAUAGAAUGAAACAAACGGAAUAAAUAUUUGUAUUUUUUAACGUGAACUUAGAGUAAAAUUCAACUGAUUUAUUGAAAUCAUAACGCGAUCUACUUGCAGCGUUGUUCAAUGUGUACAAGAUUUCUGCAUGUUAACCGUCCAUAUACAUCCAUUGUUGUUUUCGAUGGAAAAAAACGAGGUGUUCCGACUGGUAUGGGACUGGAUCGUGUUUUAAAACAUUAAUAAUGCUAUAGGAAAAGCGUCUCGCGGACACGGGUCAUAUAGUAACAGAUAGGGCGUAUGUCGUUGUGUGUACUCUGCUGAUAAUAAAAAAAAUAUUUUCGCUUUUUAAGAUUAUCAUUGCACAAUUAUUUUGUGAAUGUUCACCAGUGUGUACGCCUUACAUUUACCGCUAUGAUAACUGUACACAUGUCUUAUAUACCGCUAUGAUAAUUGUACACAUGUCUUAUUUACCGCUAUGAUAAUUGUACACAUGUCUUAUAUACCGCUAUGAUAAUUGUACACAUGUCUUAUAUACCGCUAUGAUAAUUGUACACAUGUCUUAUAUACCGCUAUGAUAAUUGUACACAUGUCUUAUAUACCGCUAUGAUAAUUGUACACAUGUUUUAUUUACCGCUAUGAUAUUUGUACAAUGUCUUAUUUACUUCUCUCAAGUGUGCACAUGGCUUUUGUUUGUUGAUGUAUUAUUCAUGCCAAAGAAAGACAAAUCUAUAUCUAUAUACCCCUCGCAUAAUCUAUUGUAUGAAAA